AAUUUUGGGUGACUCUUGGAAAACAACAUAGCAUACUUGAGGAGCUGUAUGAGGUAGAAGAUCAACAAUGAGAGAUGGGAAUUCCAAGAAAAGCAAGCUCUCAUGGUCGAAGAGAAUGGUCAGAAAGUUCUUCAAUAUCAAAGGCAAAGCUGAGGACUCCUACCAAUCAAAUGGUGCUACUUAUGGAGGAGGUGACGUGGAAUACAGAAGCAGGAACAGCUUCUCCGAGAGAGAGCCGUGCACGAUCAAAAAGAGCAAAACAGAGAAGUUUAGCAGGAACACAGAGCAGGUCAGGCGUGGAAGAAUGAAUCUUGACCAUCCUCGAAUUAUUGAUGUCCAAAACUAUAGCAUUUUCGUUGCUACUUGGAAUGUGGCUGGAAGAUCCCCACCUAGUAAUUUGAGUAUAGAUGAUUGGCUUCAUGCAUCACCGCCUGCAGAUAUUUAUGUUCUUGGAUUUCAAGAGAUAGUUCCCCUGAAUGCUGGUAACAUCUUAGGUGCAGAAGACAAUGGCCCUGCCAAAAAAUGGCUGGCUCUCAUUGGAAAGUCUUUAAACAAUCUUCCCGGUACUAGUGGAGGUGGUGGAUAUUAUACACCAUCACCAAUUCCUCAGCCAGUGGUAGAAUUGAAUGCAGAUUUUGAGGGAUCGGCUAGGCAAAAAAACUCGUCAUUCUUCCAUCGGCGAUCAUUCCAGACAACUUCUAGCAGCUGGGGAAUGGACAAUGAUCCUUCAACUGUUCAACCACGUCUAGAUCGAAGAUUCAGUGUCUGUGAUCGUGUGAUUUUUGGUCACAGGAAGAGUGAUUUUGAUCCCAGUUUUAGGUGGGGUUAUAGGCCUAGUGACUAUUCCAGGGCAAGUGAUUACUCCAGACCCAGUGACUAUUCAAGAUGGGGUUCAUCCGAUGAUGAUAAUGGCCUUGGAGAUUCGCCAAGCACAGUCUUAUUUUCACCAAUGUCUUAUGGUGGACCUCCCUGUGUUGAAGAUGGACACGGUAUGCCAGGGCGAUCAAGGUACUGCCUUGUUGCGAGUAAGCAAAUGGUAGGAAUAUUUCUUACCAUAUGGGUGAGAAGUGAAUUGAAGGAUCAUGUUCGAAACAUGAAAGUAUCAUGUGUUGGCAGAGGAUUGAUGGGUUAUCUUGGAAACAAGGGAUCCAUUUCAAUUAGCAUGUCUCUGCAUGAGACAAGCUUUUGCUUCAUUUGUAGCCACUUGACCUCAGGACAGAAAGAGGGUGAUGAACUAAGAAGAAAUUCUGAUGUGAUGGAGAUUCUUAAAAAGACAAGGUUUCCACGUGUACAUGGUGCUGACAAUGAGAAGUCCCCAGAGACUAUCCUUGAGCAUGAUCGAAUAAUAUGGCUUGGAGAUCUGAAUUAUCGGAUUGCCCUCUCCUACCGUUCUGCUAAGGCACUUGUUGAGAUGCAAAACUGGAGAGCAUUGUUGGAAAAUGAUCAGUUGAGAAUAGAGCAGAAGAGAGGUCGUGCAUUUGUGGGAUGGAAUGAAGGGAAGAUUUAUUUUCCUCCAACAUACAAAUAUUCAACUAACUCAGAUAGGUAUGCAGGAGAUGAUAUGCACCCAAAGGAGAAAAGGCGAACACCUGCUUGGUGUGACCGUAUUUUGUGGUAUGGAGAAGGUCUCCAUCAAUUAUCUUAUGUCCGCGGGGAAUCAAGGUUUUCAGACCACAGGCCAGUUUACGGCAUCUUUUGGGCUGAGGUUGAGUCAAGUCAUGGAAAAUUGAAGAAAAGUAUGAGCUGUUCUCGUUCCAGAAUUGAGGUGGAGGAACUCUUGCCAUAUUCCCACGGAUAUACUGAACUAAGCUUUUUCUAAACAUGGAAGGAAGGCUACUAGAUAUGAGAUUUCAGCACCCGGUCAACAAGCGGGAAUCACUUUGAAGAAAUUUAUCCAUGAAGGUUGAUAGGGACAGCCCAUUUCCCACAUACCGAAAAAGCCAUCAGCCAUGCCUUGCCUAACACAUGUUAAGGACACAGUUCCUCAUCAUAAUCUCGUUAGCUACUCACGCCAGCUUCAGUAAUCAAUACUGUGCAAGUGUGCAUUAUUUGAUAGCCAAUUAACAAACACUCAACUUUACAAUGUCUCAAAACUCCGUACAUUUUUUGGCAAUCCCGCGCAAUCAUUAGGAGGCGGAGGGAGAUAAUUUUUUUAUUAAUGAUUCUUUAAUUGUUUUUGGAGAAUAUUCAUGAUGACUGAAUGAAGGUG